UUUGUAUAGUUUCAAAGCAAAACCCUAAACCCUUCGAAACUUGAAUGACAGACCCCAAAUCUUGCGCAUUUUCAAUUCAUGCUGUAUGCUUCUUCUUAUCAGCGAUUCAAAUCAGCUUCCUUUUGUUUUCCCCAAUCCUCAAUCAAUUUCCCCUUUCAUUUUCGGUUCUAUUUCAAAUCCCAUCUCUUCUCAAUCACGUAUGACGAGCUCCUUGAUUCCUUUGAUCAUCUUCUUCGGCAAUGUAGCGGGACUCAACAUUGCAAACAAGUUCAUUCUGCAACCGUUGUCACCGGCGCGUGUUGCUCGGCGUUCGUCGCCGCCCGGCUUGUAUCCGUCUACGCCCGUUCUGGGCUUGUUUUCGAUGCCCGGAAAGUGUUUGAUACUGCGCCAUUUGAAGGCUUGUCGAACUUGCUCUUAUGGAAUUCGAUUAUAAGAGCAAAUGUCUCCCAUGGGUACUGCGGAGAAGUGCUUCAACUUUAUGGGAAAAUGAGAAGAUUAGGGGUUUUGGGGGAUGGGUUUACUUUUCCUCUGGUUCUGAGGGCUUCUUCCAACUUGGGUAGUUUCAACUUGUGUAAGAAUCUUCAUUGCCAUGUUGUGCAAUUUGGAUUCCAAAAUCAUUUGCAUGUUGUGAAUGAAUUGAUCGGAAUGUAUGCCAAGCUCGGACGAAUGGGUGAUGCCCAGAAAGUGUUUGAUAAAAUGCGCCUUAAAAGUGUAGUUUCUUGGAACACUAUGGUUUCUGGUUUUGCCUAUAAUUAUGAUGUUGAUGGUGCUUCUAGGAUGUUCCUUAAAAUGGAGUCAGAAGGGGUUGAACCGAACCCUGUAACUUGGACUUCGUUGUUGUCUAGUCAUGCUCGGUGUGGUCAUCUUGAAGGAACCAUGGCCUUGUUUAGCAGGAUGAGGAUGAAAGGUAUUGGUGCCACUGCUGAAAUGCUUGCUGUGGUGUUAUCUGUUUGUGCUGAUUUAGCUACAUUGGAUAGGGGUCAGAUGAUUCAUGGGUAUAUAAUAAAGGGAGGUUUUGAAGAUUAUUUGUUCGCCAAAAACGCACUUAUAACUGUAUAUGGAAAAGGAGGAGACAUAAGAGAUGCAGAGAAGUUAUUUCAUGAGAUGGAAGUGAAGAAUCUUGUGAGUUGGAACGCUCUCAUUUCCUCCUAUGCUGAAUCUGGUUUAUGUGACAAGGCUUUUGAAGUGUUUUCUCAGCUGGAGAAAAUGGAUGUCUAUCCAGAGAUGAAACCGAACGUCAUAACUUGGAGUGCUGUCAUUUGUGGAUUUGCUUCCAAGGGACUAGGAGAAGAAUCUUUGGAAGUUUUUCGUCAAAUGCAGCUUGCAGAUGUUAAAGCGAAUUCAGUGACGAUAUCUAGUGUUUUUUCAGUUUGUGCAAUGCUGGCAGCUCUGAAUCUUGGUAGGGAAAUGCAUGGUCACGUGAUUAGAGCUCUGAUGGAUGAUAACAUAUUGGUAGGAAACGGAUUGAUUAACAUGUAUACGAAAUGUGGAAAUUUCAAGCCAGGUUGUUUAGUGUUCGAAAAACUUGAAAAUCGAGAUUUGAUCUCAUGGAACUCAAUGAUUGCAGGAUAUGGAUUUCAUGGACUUGGUAAAGAUGCUCUUACAGCUUUUGAUCAGAUGAUUAAAUCUGGAUUUAUACCAGAUGAUGUCACCUUUAUUGCUGCGCUAUCUGCUUGUAGUCAUGCUGGUCUUGUUGCUGAAGGCCGUUGGCUUUUUGAUCAGAUGCUACAAAACUUCAGGAUCAAACCUCAGAUGGAGCACUAUGCGUGCAUGGUCGAUCUUCUCGGUCGUGCUGGUCUCAUUGAAGAAGCAAGUAACAUAGUCAAAGGCAUGCCAAUUCAACCCAAUGCUUAUGUCUGGAGUGCUCUUCUCAACUCUUGCAGAAUGCACAAAGAUACAGACAUUGCAGAAGAGACUGCCCUACAAAUUUCCAAUCUGAAUUCCGAGAUCAUAGGGAGCCAUAUGUUGCUCUCAAAUAUAUUUGCUGCAUGCUCUAGAUGGGAGGAUUCUGCAAGGGUGAGGAUCUUGGCCAGGACGAAGGGCUUAAUGAUAGUUCCUGGGCGUAGCUGGAUUGAGGUGAAGAAGAAGGUUUAUAUGUUCAAAGCAGGAAACUCAAUAGAAGGUCUAGAGAAAGUUGAUGAAAUUCUUCAUGAUUUGGCUCUUCAGAUAGAAGGUCAUGAUUUUGAUGAUAGUAUUAUUGAAUAGAAUGUUCAAGAAAAACAUUACUGAAAUCUUAUGUUCUAAAGCUCUCUCAGUAUGAAUGAACAUCAAAGAAAUAGAAAGGGAAAACAUGAUAUUACAGAUUGAUUUA